UACUAAAUAAUAAGAUAUAGGAACGUAUCAGUUGCCCUUGCGGAGCCGGCGUAUUUCUGCAUAUGCUCCGCGAGGAGAACAGAAGGCAGCUGUCGAGCGUGAUGCUUCACGUGAGGAGGGGGUGAAGGGUGGUGGUGGUGAUUUGAGAACUUUGCCUGUAGAGGGUGAGGGUGAGAGUGCGAGUGAGAGUGUGAGCGAGAGUGAGGACGGAUUGGCUAGUCGUGGAGUUGAGAGAAAAGUUGGUGAGAGCUGUGAACGUAAGAGAUAUGAAGAAAUAUCUGGAAAGGAGAAGAGUGUGAAUGUUGGGGAUUACAUCUCUCAGUCCCAGAGAAAGUAUGAUUCCUCAAAUUCUAAGAUGAAGAGAGUUCACGAAAUGGCACAAGUGCGGAGAACAUCCAGGAAAGGGGACGAAGAUGACAGAAAUCGCUUCAUUAGUAGAGGUAGUGAGGAUAACCAACCUAACUAUGGACGGAAACAUGGAGGACAGAAGAUUACCCCAGAAAGGCAUACAGCAGCAAGCUAUCCUGUGCCCUUGGAUUUGGAUAAGUGUGGAAGUGUGCAGAUAUCCGAUUCUGUGGAGGAUAGCCCAUGUGAAGUCUCUGUAUGUGAUUCAGAUGGCAUUUCCGAAGCUUCAGAUGAUACAAAUAGAAGAAAAUCAAGGUGCAUCUCGAAUAAAGUGUCAUCAGCACGAGAACCUGAACCAGUUAAAAGUAGUUUGAGAGAGCGUGGUCAAGGUUACUCAUCUUCUCCUCGUAGUGCUGCACUUGGUAGCAGAUAUUUUGGGAAGAGCCCUAAGCGUUCAAGGCACUCUUCACCUAGCUUAGAUUGUGAAUUAACCGAUCAGAAAUAUCGUCCUCCCAAACCCUCUGAAAGACGUGGUGUCAGACGAGGAGGUACCAGAGAUGGCGGAUACCGCGAGAGAUGGAAAGACAGCAUGCGGGAGUAUUCUGAUCAGCCCAAGAAAUCUAAUUAUGGGCCCUAUUUCAAGAACCGACCUGAUGAGGAUGCUUCUUAUGCAACUGAUGCCAAGCAUCUCUAUAACAGGCAUGUUAACUAUGAAAAAGAGAGAGCAAUAAUAGAUCACAAAUAUAUUGAGAGUGAUAUUCUUUACCGAGGCCACUCAGAAAGAAUGUUGACUUACUCAGGUGAACGUUUGCCUGAUCAUCAUAUGGGCCAGCCAUUCAUGAAAGACCAAUACUGGUGGGACAAUCCAAAUAAUAGAUACAAAGCAGGUCCCCCUGAAGGUCACAAUGCUAGGGAAAGACGAAAUUUUCUUUACAAGAGAAGUAGUCAGAUUGAUUAUGAACCUAAGGAAUAUGAUAGGUAUCAUAAUCAGAGGAAACAUCAUUUUCAGGGUUAUAGCGUGGCGUUAAAGAACCUAUCACUGAAGUACUCCUCUGCAGCUGACCAAAGAGGCACUCAGUUCUUGUAUAAAGGAGAAAGCUGGCAUCUCAGGAGUGGAACCAGACAAGACUCUCUGUCACCACUACAUGACAGAUUUGUGGAAGGAAAGCAUAGACGAAUUCUCCCAAGUAGUGGUGGAGGCCAUGAUCAUUUUGAUUGUGGAUAUGAUUGGAAUGUAGCUCAUGAUAGACGAGAAGUCGAGAGCUCUUCAAGGGGCAAUAGAAGACGUCAUAGUCCUCUGAAUAGCUCAGAAAAUCUCUGCUAUAUUGAGAAUAAGGUUAAUGACAGGAGGAACAUCAAGCAUCGGCCUUUUCCUUUUUAUUCUUAUAAGGAACCUUAUGCUUCUGGCAGGGGGGACUUUCUAGGAGCUUCUGGGCCAAAAACUGGGGUUGUUCAAAGAAACAUGAGGUGCUCAUGGAAAGAAAUGCACAUAGAAUAUGAUCAGUAUUGUACUGAUGUCACCACUUCUGUUCCCAGAGAAAGCCUCAGGUAUCGUUCCCCUGAGGAUUUUCAUGUCAAAGAAAGAGACUGCCAACCAUCUUCAAACGCCAAUUUCAGAAGAGAAAGCAUCAAGGAUGGUCGGUGUCAGGAUCAUUUUGUUGGGAGAAGAGGCAAUCUACACUCUGAGGUCUUCCUUCCAAAGGAAAAUGUAUGCAAGUCCAGGCAGCAGGCCAAUAUUGUCAUCACCUCUGAGGAGCCAUCCCAUAAUUAUUCUAAACGAAUUUCGAAGAAUGACGAGACUGGUGAUAGACCUGCAUCUGUUUGUAUUGUUGGACUUCGUGAAAGAGAAAUGGGUAGGCGGAACUCCAAUAUAUUGGGAGAAGAUAGUGGUAAUCAUUUUGAUGGGUGUCAUGAAUCCACAAAACUUAAUGGUCAUGCUCAUAUGCAUCCGAUUAACCAAGAUUCAGUUGAUCGCUUUUUAGUUAUGGGAAGAAAGUGCACCUUUCAGUCCUCUAUAAGAAGAACCACCGAAGCCGGAGAAGAUACAUACUAUGGUAAGAGUGACCUCGCGGGUUUGACUGACAACAAGAAACCAAAUAAUUCUGAAGACAUGGACAAAUUCAAACCAGAUGAAGGAGAGGUAGAUGCUGGUCUUAGCCACAGAAAUCAGCCGAGUAAGUUCUCGAAAUAUCAUCAGAACCACUCUCUGGACAUUGAGGAAGGCCAGAUCAUUGCUGAAGAAAUGCAGAAUGAAGUUGAAUCACAUAUCAAUGCUUCGGGGAACCUGGAAACUACUUCAAAUGAUAACAGAGUGGUUGCGAAAUUGGAUGAUGAUAAGAUUAAGGAGAUUAUAACGAAAAUGGAGAGGCGAAGGGAGCGCUUUAAGGAGCCCGUAAUGACGAGCAGGGAUGGUGAGAAGACUUUCUCCUUGCUGCCGGAAUUGAUCGUUGAAAAUGCUGAUGCUAGGCUAGAAAGACCAGCUAGAAAAAGGAGAUGGCUUGGAACUUAGAUCAGGUUUAUUUCUAUUACAAGUUUUUGCUGUGGUAACUGAGCUGCAAUUUGAUUGUACUUGUCAUAUGUAAUAAUCUGUGGCUAUUUUCACCUCAUAACAUGUUACUGCUGCUUUUGGCUUUGCUUUAUUGUCAUGGAAAUUAAUUGAGUGUGAGUUUUCUGCUUCA